AUGCCUGGAAUUCUACCUAUGAAGGUGAUUAAGGUGGGCACCAGCUCACAGAGCCGCAUCGCCCAAGCAUGUGAUAGGUGCCGAAGUAAGAAGAUCCGUUGCGAUGGUAUCCGUCCCUGUUGCUCGCAAUGCGCCAACGUCGGAUUCGAAUGUCGCACUAGCGACAAACUUAGUCGGCGUGCAUUUCCUCGAGGUUAUACAGAAUCACUUGAGGAACGAGUGAGGCAGUUGGAAUCCGAAGUGAGGGAACUGAAGGAUUUGUUAGAUGAGAAAGACGAAAAGAUUGAUAUGUUGUCGAGGAUGCAUGAUCAUCGCCAACCAUCUAUGGGAGCCGCCGGAAGCCCGAGGACGACGGAACAGAGAAGGGACCCUAACUCGCCACCAAAAGAAGAUACUUUCCGUGUGCAGGCCUCUCCGUUAUUACUUGGUGUCGAGAAUUCGGACUCAUAUUUCAUGGGGCCAUCGAGCGGACGUGGUUUUAUCGAAUCUUUCAAGCGUAAACUUCAGGAAAGCGGAAAGCCGUGUUCUGACUUCAACCCUGAGGCUUUCCUUCACAUCCAAGGAUGCUACCCUCUGGUUGCUAACCCGCCCCCCCAGUCGAUGAGAGUGCCACCUCGCCUAUUUUCGGAUAGAUGUGUAAAUGUUUAUUUCCAGGAAUGGGCGCCACUCUUCCCCGUGCUUCACAAACCGACAUUUCUCCGGUUAUACGAAGAAUUUGUUGCCGACUCGGAGAAGGUAAAAAACAAUCAUAAGCUCGCGCAGCUUUACCUCGUCUUCAGUAUCGCCGCUCUUUCAAGUGACGCACCAGAUGUAGAGCAGAUAACCGCCUGCGAAGCCCAGUGGCAAAGGGCCCUUGACGCAAUCAUUAUGGACAAUACGAUGAUUACACUGCAGUGCCUAGUAUUGGCUCUGAUCUAUUGCACUAUCAGAGCCGAUUACAAGCGAUUGCAGCACUACAAAGGUGUUGCGGUUGGUCUAUCCCACAGAUUGGGGUUACAUCAAAGCCAGAAAAGAUUCUCAUUCGGUGCUCUUACGAUCGAGACACGAAAGAAAGUCUUUUGGACGUUGUAUACACUCGAUUGCUUUUCUGCUGCCAUGCUUGGCCUUCCCAAGUUGCUGAAGGAAGAUGACAUCCACGCCGAGUAUCCGUCAGAUACUGACGAUGAAUAUGUUACGGAGAAGGGAUUUCAACCCACUCUACCAGGAGAGUAUACGAGAUUAUCGAGUGCUUUAGCGUUAUUCAGAGUUUCCCGAAUUCUUGCAAAUGUGCUUGAAAAGACAUAUCCGGCCGCUACAUCUUACGAAUUAUCAUUACAACAAAUUUCAGCGCUGGAUGCAGAUCUCUCAGAUUGGUAUGAGAAUCUGCCUGCUCACCUCAGGCUAAACUUUGCCCAAGACAAACCAUCAACAGAUAUCACUGGGAGUAGAUCCCCGAUUCUGGCAUUGGCAUACUACUAUGUCCGGGGACUUAUUCAUCGCCCUGCAGUGGGCUCUACCUUGGGAGUCAAAGCUGCGUCAGCUCUUAUUACGGUCGGAGAGUCUAGCAAGCACAUCGUGCAGAUCAUUGAACUCUUAGAGGAGCGAAGUAUGUCAUUCUCAUUCUGCCUAAAUAGGACAGAUGUUCUUGUUCUGUGUGGGACGAGCUUGCUUUACCAAAGCUUAGAAUUGAAACACGAGAGCAAGAUUAUGAAGGAUGUUGAACGACUUGUCAAUAGCGUUCUCAAGAUGCUACUAAAAACGAAAGCCCCCGGCUCUUACGACCUGAAACGAGUCGCAUCGACGCUUGUUACUAUCGAUGUACCAUCUCAAUCCACGUCAAUGCGGACUAGUCCUGAUACGGCCAUGGCUGCUCCCCCUUCGAGGACAUCCCCGUUAUUGAAUGUCUCGAGGAAGAAAUCGCCUUACAGUGCUGGCCGAGUUGCCGGCGCGACUAUGAGCGAGACAGACCUGUUAUCUCAGCAAGAGAAACUACGCCGUAUGGCCAUACCCAAUACUCAAACUACCCGACAAGAAAUACAUCGCACGCAAUCACGUGCAUCACUCGAUAUGAGUGCAGAGCAGGCAAUGCCCCGCCGCGAUCACCGAUUCUCGAUAUCCCAAAUUCAGCAAACGAUGAUGCGUAUGUCGCCGAGUCACAGAUCCAAACAGCGAAAUCUAGAUUACCUCUCACUCAACGAUGCGCAGGCUGAGACACAGCCUUCGCCGCCGAAUCAAACUCGAACUCCCUCGCAGCCGUUGGCUCAUAGCCAGCAUCAACGCCCUCAGCCAUACAACCCAAAUCAAGUAAUUAAUAAGGGCGGCUCAAGUGGUGGUGUGUCGAUAUCAGAAUGGGAAGCAUUGCUUGGCGCAAUGGAUGGAGGCCAGAUUAAUGUAUACGACGCGAUAUACGGAGGACCAGCCUUGUCACUCACAGAGACACCAACCAGUGCAGGUACCAUGGGCGAAUGGUCUCCAGAGUCAUGGGACCUUUCUAGCUUCAAUAUUGGCGAACUAACGACUAAUCCGGGGGCACCUCAGAGCGUACUCAGCAUCAGUGAUGAGAGUCUUAGCUCCGGAGAUGAUCUCACAUCGAGCGAGAUGUACCUCAGGAUGGGGAGCGAGGACUACCAAAGCGGGUUAAUGCCGCCGCCGCGGACGAGUCACGACAAUAACCUAAUUCUUGAUGGUCUUGAGUUGAAUUUAGGGAUCUGA